AUGGAGUAUGCAAGCAAGCAAUUAACUAUGUUGUAUUCCCUUGACGAUGAAGACGAAACAUCUCGUAUUAAUAAUCAUGUAGAAGGUCUCGAAGAUUCUCAACCUUCUCUGAAAAGAAAGAAUCAGCCUCUAAUAAAGAGGGCAAACGUACUUCACCAAGAAUGGGGUAUUGGUAAGAAUAUUUUUACAAUCACAGUUGAUAAUGCCAGUAGUAUGAAUGUUAUGGUUGAUAAGCUUCGGUAUGAUUUAGGUGUUCUUUCUUCUUUGCCAAUGGAUGGUAUGUACUUUCAUAUUAGAUGUUCGGCACACAUUUUGAAUUUAAUUGUGAAAGAAGGUUUGAGUGUUAUUGAUGAAUCUGUUAUUAAACUUCAUGAGCUUGUGAGAUGGAAUUCUACUUAUUUAAUGCUUCAAAGAGCGUUGUCAGCUAAAACCCCUUUGAGUUUGUUUGCUACCAGAGAGCAUAAUUUUGAGUUUGAUCUUUCAACAAGUGAUUGGCAGUCCAUACAAUCUAUAUGCGACUUUCUUGAGCCGUUAUAUGAGAUUACUAAACUCUUUUCUGGUUCAGAUUACCCUACUGCUAACCAUUAUUUUGCCAAUAUUGUUAGUAUUGAGAAGCUUUUAACUGAUGCACAUAUUCAUGAUAAUCUUAAGAUAAGGGAAAUGGAAAUGAAGAUGCACAAGAAGUUUGAAAAGUAUUGGUCUGAUUAUUCCAUGAUUUUGUCUUUUGCUCAUUUUGAUGAAAAUGUCGCUAAGCAUAGAAUCAGCGGUAUUGCAUUUGAACUUGAUUCUUACAUGAAUUUGCCGCUAAGGCCUCGAGUUCCAAAUGAGGAUUUUGAUAUACUCAAUUAUUGGAAAGAACAAUCAGUUUCCUUUCCGAUCCUCGCCCGAAUGGCAAGAGAUAUAUUAGCCAUUCCCAUAACCUCAGUUGCUUCCGAAUCAUCUUUUAGUAUGGGUGGUCGAAUCUUGAAUAAGUGGAGAAAUUGUCUUUCAGCACCACAUGUUGAGGUUUUGAUUACUUCUAAAAAUUGGUUAGAUGGUUAUGAUGAAGAAGAGGCUGAAGGUAAUGAAGUUCAGGUCCGGGUUCAGGUCAUUAUCAAGUCUAUUAAGUUAUCAGUUAAUGCCGGGUCUGUUCAGUUCAGGUUACAUGUCACUGUUUUCACCUACUCUUCUGGUAUGGGUCGGAUACAGAUCAUUGCCGAUUCAAGUCGGGUUUUCAGGUCAGGUCAGAUUUUGGCAGCUCUACUUUAA